AUGAAAACCAUUGGCAUCAUCGACGGCAGCACCGACAUCGCCACCGCCGAGUACUACCGCAUCAUCAACGCCACCUGCACACCGGCGAGCGCCCACUACGUCCAGAACGAGCUGUGGGACGAGGGCGGCGCCUGCCUCGCCACCAAGGCGCGCAGCCUCGAGCGCGCAGGGGGUGAUUCUCGGGUGCACGGAGAUUCCGCUGCUGGUGAGGCAGGAGGACAGGCCGGAGGUGCCCAUGUUUGA